GUCAUUGCAAGUGUGUUGAGGAACUUGUCCUGGCGAGCAGAUGUAAACAGUAAAAAGACUCUGAGAGAAGUUGGGAGUGUGAAAGCAUUGAUGGAAUGUGCUUUAGAAGUUAAGAAGGAAUCCACCUUAAAAAGUGUUCUGAGUGCCUUAUGGAAUUUAUCAGCACACUGUACUGAGAACAAAGCUGAUAUAUGUGCUGUUGAUGGUGCUCUUGCAUUUCUAGUCAGCACACUGACAUACCGGAGCCAAACAAACACUUUAGCCAUCAUAGAAAGUGGAGGAGGAAUAUUAAGAAAUGUUUCUAGCUUAAUUGCUACUAAUGAGGACCAUAGGCAAAUCUUGCGAGAGAACAGCUGCUUACAAACCUUGUUACAACACUUGAAGUCACACAGCUUGACCAUAGUCAGUAAUGCCUGUGGGACCUUGUGGAAUCUUUCUGCACGAAACGCGAAGGACCAGGAGGCGCUGUGGGAUAUGGGAGCAGUCAGCAUGCUGAAGAAUCUCAUUCACUCAAAACACAAGAUGAUAGCCAUGGGUAGCGCUGCAGCUCUAAGAAACCUCAUGGCAAACAGGCCAGCAAAAUAUAAGGAUGCCAACAUUAUGUCUCCAGGAUCAAGCUUACCAUCUCUUCACGUCAGGAAGCAAAAGGCACUGGAAGCAGAAUUAGAUGCUCAGCACUUAUCAGAGACUUUCGAUAACAUUGAUAAUUUAAGCCCGAAAGCAUCUCAUCGUAAUAAGCAGAGACAUAAGCAAAAUGCAUACAGUGAAUAUGUUUUGGACUCCAGUCGGCAUGAUGAUGGUAUAUGCAGAUCAGACAGUUUUAAUGCUGGCAAUAUGACUGUACUUUCGCCGUAUUUAAAUACUACAGUAUUGCCUGCCUCCUCCUCUUCCAGCAGAGGAAACAUAGAAAAUUCUCGAUCUGAGAAAGACAGAAGUCUUGAUAGGGAUAGAGCAGUAGGUUUAAGUACGUAUCUCCCAGCUCCAGAGAGUACUGGGAACUCUUCUAAGAGAAUAGGGAUGCAGAUUUCUACUGCUGCAGCUCAGAUCGCCAAGGUUAUGGAAGAAGUAACAAGCAUGCAUAUCCCACAAGAAGACAGAAGUUCUGGUUCCACUUCGGAAAUGCACUGUUUGACAGAAGACAGAAAUGCACCGAGGAGAUCAGCUGCUGCCCAUACCCACUCAAAUACAUACUUUCCUAAGUCUGAGAAUUCAAACAGGACGUGUCCUGUGCCUUGUACAAAAAUGGAGUACAAGAGAGCUUCAAACGAUAGCUUAAACAGCGUCAGCAGCAGUGAUGGCUAUGGUAAAAGAGGCCAGAUGAAACCUUCCAUUGAAUCGUACUCUGAAGAUGAUGAAAGUAAAUUCUGUAGUUAUGGUCAAUACCCAGCUGACUUGGCACAUAAGAUUCAUAGCGCAAAUCACAUGGAUGACAACGAUGGAGAGCUAGAUACUCCUAUUAAUUAUAGUCUUAAAUACUCAGAUGAACAGUUAAAUUCUGGACGGCAAAGUCCCUCUCAGAAUGAAAGAUGGGCAAGGCCUAAGCAUAUAAUAGAUGAUGAAAUGAAGCAAAACGAACAAAGGCAGUCAAGGAGCCAAAACACAAGCUACCCCAUGUACACUGAAAGUGGGGAUGAUAAACACAUGAAAUAUCCGUCACCUUUUGGACCCCAAGAGUGCGUUUCUUCCUUUAGAUCAAGAGGAUCUAAUGGUUCAGAUCAGAACAGAGUAGGCUCAACUCUUGGAAUUAAUCAGAAAGUAAACCAGUCCUUGUGUCAUGUUGAUGAUUAUGAUGACGAUAAGCCAACCAACUACAGUGAACGUUAUUCUGAGGAGGAACAACAUGAAGAAGAAGACAGACCAACUAAUUAUAGCAUUAAGUACAAUGAAGAGGAACAUCAUGUUGAUCAGCCUAUUGAUUAUAGUUUAAAGUACUCAACUGAAGUUCCUCCUUCUUCUCAGAAGCCAUCUUUUACUUUUCCAAAGACAACUUCUGUACAAAGCACUAAAGCCGACCAUAUUUCCUCAAGCAGUGGGAGCACGUCAGCCCCCUCAGCUGGUUCAAAGAGACAGAAUCAGCUUCACCCAAACUCUGCACAGAACAGAGGUGGUCAUGUGCAAAAGACUGCCUCCUGUAAAACUCCCUCUAUUAAUCAGGAAACUAUACAAACUUACUGUGUGGAAGAUACCCCAAUAUGUUUUUCGAGGUGCAGCUCUUUGUCAUCUUUGUCAUCAGCUGAAGAUGAAAUAGGACGUGAUCAAUCCACACGUGUGACAGAUGCUAACAACACACUGCAGAUAGCAGAACUAAAGGAAAACAGUGGGGCUCUAUCUACAGAAGGUGCAGUAAGUGAAAUCACAUCAACUUCACAACACAUCAGAACAAAAUCCAGUAGACUUCAGACUUCUAGUUUGUCUCCUUCUGAUUCCUCCAGACAUAAAGCUGUUGAAUUUUCUUCAGGUGCCAAAUCUCCCUCAAAGAGUGGUGCACAGACUCCUAAAAGCCCACCAGAACAUUAUGUGCAGGAAACACCCCUCAUGUUCAGCAGAUGUACUUCUGUUAGUUCCCUGGAUAGUUUUGAAAGCCGUUCGAUUGCUAGUUCAGUUCAAAGUGAACCUUGCAGUGGAAUGGUGAGUGGUAUUAUAAGUCCCAGUGACCUUCCAGACAGCCCUGGACAAACAAUGCCUCCAAGCAGAAGUAAGACGCCACCACCUGCUCAAGGAGUCCAAGUCAAAAGAGAUGUAGCUAAAAGUAAAGGACCCAGUGCAGAAAAGAGAGAGCCUGGUCCUAGACAGGCAGCUGUAAAUGCAGCUGUUCAGAGAGUUCAGGUGCUGCCAGAUGCUGAUACGCUGCUGCAUUUCGCCACAGAAAGCACACCGGAUGGGUUUUCUUGCUCCUCUAGUCUGAGUGCUCUGAGUCUUGAUGAGCCAUUUAUACAGAAAGACGUGGAGUUAAGAAUAAUGCCUCCGGUUCAUGAAAAUGAACAUGGAAAUGAAGCAGAACCUGAACAGUCAGACGAUACGAAGGACAGCCAAGAGAAGAAAGCAGAGAAACCUACUGAAGCAGAAAAAGACAUUCUGGACGAUUCUGAUGAUGACGAUGAUAUUGAAAUACUGGAAGCAUGUAUUAUUUCUGCAAUGCCAACAAAGUCUUCGCGUAAAGCCAAAAAGCCUUCUCAAGCAGCUGCUCCAAAAAUACCUCCUCCUGUAGCCAGAAAGCCUAGCCAGUUGCCAGUUUACAAACUUUUGCCUUCACAAAGCAGACUGCAAUCCCAAAAGCAUGUCAGUUUUACACCAGGAGAUGAUAUGCCACGGGUAUAUUGUGUGGAGGGUACACCAAUAAAUUUUUCAACAGCUACAUCUCUGAGUGAUCUCACAAUAGAAUCACCCCCAAGUGAGCUGACCAAUGUAGACAGUGUGGGUAUGGGAGCAGAGUCAGGGGAAUUUGAAAAGCGAGACACCAUUCCUACUGAAGGUAGAAGUACUGAUGACUCUCAGAGAGCAAAAAGCUCAGCUGUGACUCCCCCGGGCCUAGAUGAUGACAAAACAGAAGAGGGUGAUAUUCUGGCCGAGUGCAUUAACUCAGCUAUGCCAAAAGGAAAAAGUCACAAACCUUUCAGAGUGAAGAAGAUAAUGGACCAAAUUCAACAAGCAUCUUCAUCUCUAAGUAAUAAGAACCAACCAGAAGGUGAGAAGAAGAAGCCAACAUCACCAGUAAAGCCUGUUCCACAAAAUAAUGAAUACAGAGCACGUAUAAGAAGAACCACAGACCCUAAAAGCAAUAUCAGUAAUGAAAGAAGCUAUCCAGAGAACAGAGACACAAAGAAACAGAACCUUAAAAACAAUUCAAGAGAUUUUAACGACAAACUGCCAAAUAAUGAAGAGCGUGUAAGAGGAAGCUUUGCAUUUGAUUCCCCUCACCAUUACACACCUAUAGAGGGAACUCCUUACUGUUUUUCAAGGAAUGAUUCCCUGAGUUCUCUAGAUUUUGAUGAUGAUGAUGUUGACCUUUCAAGGGAGAAAGCAGAAUUAAGAAAAGGAAAAGAAGCAAAGGAAACAGAAACUAAAGACUGCACUAAUCCAGAACAGUCUUCAAAUCAGCAACCAAGUAACAGGACGCAAGUUUGCCAAAAGCACCCAACAGGCAGAAGCCAACCUAAAACUUUCUCUCAGUCAACGAAAGAUACUCCAGACAGAGGAGCAGCCACAGAUGAGAAAAUGCAGAAUUUUGCAAUCGAAAACACACCUGUUUGUUUUUCUUGCAAUUCAUCUCUCAGUUCCCUCAGUGAUAUUGAUCAAGAAAACAAUAACAACAAAGAAGGGGAACCUGCAAAACAUACUGAUGCUCCUGAUUCACAGAUGGAAUCAAACAGACCACAGACUUCUGGUUAUGCACCUAAAUCAUUUCAUGUUGAAGACACUCCUGUAUGUUUCUCGAGGAACAGCUCUCUCAGCUCUCUUAGUAUUGACUCGGAAGAUGAUCUUUUGCAGGAAUGCAUCAGUUCUGCUAUGCCAAAAAAGAAAAAACCCUCAAGAAUAAAGAGUGAAAGUGAAAAAAACAAUUCCAGAAGUACAGGUGGUAUACUGGCAGAAGAUUUAACACUGGAUUUGAGAGAGAUACAGAGGCCAGAUUCAGAACAUGGUUUCUCACCUGAUUCAGAGAACUUUGAUUGGAAAGCUAUACAAGAAGGUGCAAACUCUAUAGUUAGUAGCUUGCAUCAAGCAGCAGCUGCUGCAUCCCUGUCUCGACAAGCUUCAUCAGACUCUGAUUCUAUCCUUUCAUUAAAAUCUGGUAUUUCUCUAGGGUCACCAUUUCAUCUUACCCCAGACCAAGAAGAAAAACCUUUCACUAGUAAUAAAGGUCCAAGAAUUCUUAAGCCAGGAGAGAAGAGUACACUGGAGUCUAAAAAAGUAGAAUCUGAAAGCAGGGGAAUCAAAGGAGGGAAGAAAGUGUAUAAAAGUAUAAUUACAGGAAAAGCUCGCUCCAAUUCAGAAGUUUCAAGCCAGUUGAAGCAACCACAACCGACAAGUGUGCCUUCAAUUUCACGUGGUAGGACAAUGAUCCAUAUUCCAGGAGUUCGAAAUAGCUCGUCAAGUACUAGUCCUGUUUCCAAAAAAGGUCCACCACUCAAAAACACGAACUCCAAGAGUCCCAGUGAUGGCCAAAGUUUGACUAGUUCUCCAAGAGGAGUCAAGUCAUCAGUGAAACCUGAGCCAGCUCCUGUAACUAGACAGCCAUCAGGGUUGAACCAGAGUGGAUCAAGUAAAGGCCCUUCAAGAUCAGGGUCUAGAGACUCCACUCCUUCUAGACCUCAGCAGCAGCCAUUAAGCAGGCCUCUGCAGUCUCCCGGCCGAAACUCCAUUUCCCCGGGAAGGAAUGGUAUAAGUCCUCCCAACAAACUGUCUCAGUUGCCAAGGACAUCAUCUCCUAGCACAGCUUCAACUAAAUCUUCAAGUUCGGGUAGAAUGUCAUACACAUCACCAGGCAGGCAGAUGAGCCAGCAGAACCUUACAAAGCAGACGGCCUUGCCGAAGAGUGCCAGUAGCAUUCCACGAAGUGAGUCUGCUUCAAAAGGGUUGAACCAAGCUCUUGGCAGUGGUGGAUCAAACAAAAAGACUGAGCUAUCCAGAAUGUCAUCUGCAAAAUCUAGCGGAAGUGAAUCUGACAGAUCUGAAAGACCCGUUCUCGUUCGCCAGUCAACUUUUAUUAAAGAAGCUCCAAGCCCAACUCUGAGACGGAAAUUAGAAGAGUCGGCUUCAUUCGAAUCUCUGUCUCCUUCCAGGCCGGAUUCUCCCACAAGGUCCCAACUACAGACCCCAGUUUUAAGUCCAUCUCUUCCUGAUAUGUCUUUAUCCACUCAUUCAACUGCCCAGACUAGUGGCUGGCGAAAAUUACCCCCUAAUCUGAGCCCUUCCGUAGAAUAUGAUGGGAGACCAGCAAAACGUCAUGAUAUAGCUCGUUCUCAUUCUGAGAGUCCCUCUAGAUUGCUGAUCAAUAGAUCAGGAACGUGGAAGCGUGAGCAUAGUAAGCAUUCCUCGUCACUCCCUCGUGUAAGCACUUGGCGAAGAACUGGAAGUUCCUCCUCAAUUCUGUCAGCUUCUUCAGAAUCCAGUGAAAAGGCAAAAAGUGAAGAUGAAAAGCAACAUGGAAGCUCUCUUUCUGGACACAAGCAAAGUAAAGAAAGCCAAGCACCAGCAAAAGGUACUUGGAGAAAAAUAAAAGAAAAUGAAAUUCCUCAGAUAAUGAAUGAUGCUCAGCAUUCUUCCUCGGGUGCCACCAAUGGCUCUGAUGCCAAAACUCUCAUUUACCAGAUGGCACCAGCUGUCUCUAAGACAGAGGAUGUGUGGGUGAGGAUAGAGGACUGCCCAAUUAACAAUCCUCGAUCUGGAAGGUCCCCAACUGGAAAUACUCCCCCAGUUAUCGACAGCGUUUCAGAGAAAGGGGCCGUGAAUGGUAAAGAUUGUAAAGAGAUGCAAGAAAAACAAACCCCAGGGAGUGGAGGCGUUCCUGUUCGUACUGUUGGUUUAGAAAACCGCCUGAACUCUUUCUUUCAGAUAGACAGUCCAGACAAAAAAGGCACUGAAACAAAGCCACUGCCAAAUAAUCCUGUUCCUGCUCCAGAAAAUAAUGAAAGUACUGUAAGCGAGCGUACACCAUUCAGUUCCAGCAGCUCAAGCAAACACAGCUCGCCUAUCGGUGCUGUUGCGGCCAGAGUGACGCCCUUCAACUACAACCCCAGCCGCAGGAAGAGCAGUGUGGACAGCAGCUCCGCUCGGCCCUCCCAGAUACCGACGCCCGUCAACAACAGCACGAAGAAACGCGAGUCCAAGUCUGAGAACCCAGACUCCAGUGGAACUCAGAGUCCUAAGCGUCACUCUGGCUCUUACCUGGUAACUUCUGUUUAAGUGCAACACGAAAUAAAUAAAACUGAUGUAUUAUAUACAGCAGCUACUUAGAAAUUUUGUUUCAAAUGAAACUAAAAGAUUGGGGAUUGACUUUUUUGUUGUUGUUUUUAUUUGUUGUAAAUAGCUUUGAUUCUUGUUAGAGUGUCCUUGUUCUGGAAGCCAUAUUUGAUAGUAUACUUUGUCUUCACUGGUAAUAUUUUGGAGGAAUACCUGAUUGACAGUUUGAAAUAAAAUUGCUAAUGCGAGUAUAUUUGUACAGUAUGUUUAACAUGUAUUUAAUUAGCAUCCCAUCCCAUAAUCCUUUAAGUAUUGCUUGUCAUUGAAAUCAUGGAGCAUUGGAGAUAAGAGAUGAUACAGUCAUACUGCUUUAUCAAUCAUUUCUAGAUUACAGACUGACUAAACUACAUCAGGGAAGAAUUGGUAUUAUUUAUGCAAAAAAUAAAAUUACUCAGUUUUAAUAUCUGUGAGUCCACCUAACCCAGUAAUUAAUCAUGUGGCUGUGAAAUUCACAGUAAUAUGGUUACUGCUGAACAAGCUUUCCCAGCCUGCUUCUCUGCAUGAAUGGAACUGAUGGUUCAUUUUCUGAAGUAAUGAUUAACAUUUCUGUGGUCACAUAAUGUGGGUAGGUAGUUAUGGUGUAAUGAUUUACACUUUCUUUGUGCUCUGCGAAAAUAAAUUUUAAAAAAAAAAAAGGAAAACUGUGUAACUGUAAAACCUUGAGCAAAAUUAUUUUACCUGAAUUAGGUUUUAUCUUAAAGUAGGUAGAAUUUUUUGCUAUGCUGUAACUUGUUGUAUAUUCUGGUAUUUGAGGUGAGAUGGCUGCUCUUUUAUUAACGAGACAUGGUGAUGUCUCAACAGAGACUAAAAUGAACAUUUCAGAAUAAAUUAUUACUAUAUGUAAA